AUGGAUGUAAAAGUACAUCCAUCAAGGUUGGAGGUGCUCAAGCUUCAGGAGCAGCUGAAGCUUCCUGUGAAGACCUUGUCUGCGGGGAUAAAAAGAAAGGUAGUGUUUGUGCUGAGCAUCCUGGGAAACCCGUCAGUGGUGCUUCUGGAUGAGCCAUAGAUGGGGAUGGACCCCGAGGGGCAGCAGCAAAUGUGGCAGGCCAUCCGGGCCACCAUUAAGAACACGGAGAGGGGCACCCUCCUUACCACACACUACAUGGCAGAAGUUGAGGCCCUGUGUGAUCGUGUGGCCAUCAUGGUGUCUGGAAGGCUGAGAUGCAUUGGCUCCAUCCAACAUCUAAAAAGCAAAUUUGCCAAGGAUUACCUGCUGGAAAUGAAGGUGAAGACCCCCGAGUAAGGGAAGCCCCUCUACAAGGAAAUUCUAAGACUUUUCCCUCCAGGCUGCCCUGCAGGAAAGGCUCACCCAGCAGCCGUCCCCACCCCUGGCUCCUCACCAAUCCACUUGCGGUCAGCUGUGAGCUGCGGGGCAAAGGCGGCCCCAGACCGCUGGCUGGACCUGCGUGCUUUGCCCGUGUGCUGCACGGAGGAGCUGGCAUGUGGCUCCUGCUCACGCUCCCCGCGGUGA